AUGUUUGAAAGCAAACUUUUUACUGACUUCGAGAUUAAAUGCAACGAUGAAGAAUCUUUAUACGUUCAUCGAGUGAUUUUAGCUGCGAAAUCUCCCGUUUUUAUGGCAAUGAUGACAAAUGACAUGGAGGAAGCUGCUGAAAACUGUGUGACUUUACAUGAUGUCGAUUCUGUCACCAUGAAAGAACUUUUGAGAUAUAUUUACUGUGAAACUGUCGAAAACAUUGAUGCAAUGGCUCCAAAACUGAUAUACGAAGCUGAAAAAUAUCAUCUUGACAACUUAAAAAUGAUGUGCAAGAAUUCACUCAUUUCAAAUCUUUCGAUCGACAACGUUUUGGACAAUUUAAUAAUCGCAAGCAGACUAAGCUGUGUCAAAGAUCUGUUUGAAAAAUGUGUCGAUGUUAUUUUAACGAAAUUCCAAUUCUCUUCACCUUCGGAAUUAUGCGAGAAACUUCCACCUGAUGUUUGUUAUAAAUAUUGUCACGAACUGAUGCAGCGUUUGAAUACCAUUUACAUUUAGAUAAGACUUAAUUUUUUUAUUUCCUUUUACUCCAAUUUAUUUCUUUGAUUUAAUUUGUACAUCUCUUUUCAAUGAAUGUACAAAACAGAGCGAGGCACUAAAUAUAAAAUUUUUCUACGUGCAUUAAUUAUUUGAUUAAUUUUAACUGCAUAAAUUUUAUGAUACAAAUUUAGAAAUAAAUGUUUACUUUGGAGCAAAAUAUCUGUGGGGAUAAGAAAAUAA